UCCGCUUUGUUAUAUAAUGUGCGCUUGCUGUGGUCUUUUCGAUUUUUGCUUUCAUCCAGUUUAUUCUUCAUGCCUGUUCUUGUGUAGCUAAUGUAAGUCUUUUUGUCUCUUUUCUUCAAUAUCCUUUGCAUUAGCUAUUUCCAGUUGUUACUUUUGUUGACUUUACCCAUAGUAUUCUUCAUGAAGUGACUGCACAGUGGUUUACUUUGCCAUGCCUCCAUGUGUUUUUUCAACAUUUUCUUUCCUAUAUUUUUAAUUUACUCCCUCUUGGAUACACCCCUUAACGUGAUGAGGGGGUUUGAGUGUGUCAGUGAAACUGAGAGCAACGUUGUCAGGAGCACAGGCUUGGUCAAGAGUCUAAACUCCUGGAAGAGCCAUUCAAGGCAGAAUGGUCAAAGCUGAAACACCAGACUAAGAUGCAUCCACCCCCUUCAUGAAUCAACAGUCACAUCAGCAGAAGAGAACUGAAUGUUCCAACGAUGAUGGGAGUGGUAAUUUCCCAUGCAGGCAAAGUGAUGAUCAAAAUUCUACAGCAAAGACUCUUACCAUAUAGAGAAUGAGAAAUGCCAGAUGUUCAAGCUGGAUUCCGAAAAGGAAGAGGCACCAAAGAUCACAUUGCAAAUUUACAAUGGCUAAGGGAACAUACCAGGGAAUUUCAGAAAAAAAUCAGCCUGUGUUUUAUAUACAGCAAAGCUUUUGACUGUGUGGAUCAUGAAAAGCUAUGGAGAGUCUUAAAAGUAAUGGGGGUGCCACAACAUCUGAUGUUUUGAUGCACAACCUGUACUCUGGACAAGAGGCUACGUCAGGAUAGAAUAUGGGAAACAGAAUGGUUUCCAGUUGGCAAAAGUGUCAGACAAUGAUGCAUAUUAUCUCCCUGCCUGUUCAACCUCUAUGCAGAGUAUAUCUUAAGGAAAGCUAGAUUAGAUCUAGAAGAAGGUGGAGUGAAAACUGGUGGAAGGAACAUUAAUAAUUUGAGAUAUGCAGAUAACACCAUAUUACUAGCAGAAAAUAGUGAAGACUUGAAACGACUACUGAUGAAGGUUAAAGGAGAAAGCUCCAAAGCAGGAUUACAGCUGAACAUCAAGAAGACAAAAGUAAUGACCACUGAGGAAUUACACAAUUUUAAAGGUGACAAUGAGGAAACUGAAAUUGUUCAAGAUUUUCUAUUCCUUGCCUCAAUCAUCAACCAAAAGGUAGACUGCAAUGAAGAAAUCAGAGGAUUGAGACUUGGAAGAGCAACUGUGAUGGAGCUAGGUAAGAUCCUUAAAGAUCUCUCUCUGGGAACUAAAAUCAAAAUAAUCCAAACUAUGGUAUUCCCCUUUGCUAUGUAUGGCUGUGAAGGUUGGACAGUGAAGAAAACUGACAAGAAGAUUGAUUCAUUUGAAAUGUGGUGCUGGAGGGAAAUUUUGCGGAUACCAUGGACAACCAAAAAGACAAAUAAGUGAGUACUAGAUCAAAUCAAGCCUGAAUUCUCCCUAGAAGCUAUAAUGACAAGACUAAGGCUAUCAUACUUUGGUCACAUCAUGAGAAGACAAGAUUCUCUGGAAAAGUCAAUAACGCUAGGACAAGUGGAAGGCAGUAGGAAAAGAGGACGGCCUAAAACGAGAUAGCUUGAUUCAAUAAAAGAAGCCACAUCCUCCAGUUUGCAGGAUCUGAGCAAGUCUGUUAAUGGUAGGACCUUCUGGAGGUCUUUCAUUCAUAGGGUCACCAUAGAUUGGAGGUGACUUGAUGGCACAUAACACAUACACACACAUUUGUCAUUGGUACUGUUAACUUUAAUGAUUUCUUCUCUGUAAAUGUAAGCCAGCAUCUUUUCUUUCUUCAUUUUAAUGUAAUCGUUCAGCACACUUUUUUCUUCUGUUGUUUUAAUUGUAACAAUCCUUGUCCACCAUUACUUCAUGGCAAAUAAAGUCGAUCUAUAAAGAUGUAUGUUCCUUAUUGUAUAAAUCAUUAUGUGAUCUAGACCAUCCUACUGCCCUGUCCUAUCAACAGAGAUGGGAAAAAGAAUUGGGGAAAGAUAUUUCUCCAGAGGAAUGGACCAGAAUUUGUAACUCUCUAAUAGAUCCAAAAUAUAUAAUAACUGAUUUCAGUUUUUCAAACUGUUUAUAUUCUGGUAUUAUACUGCAUUACAAUUGGAUAAGAUAACAAAAACGUAUAAUCCAUUUUGUUGGAAAAACUGUAAUCAGAUAGGUUCUUAUUUACACGCUUGUCCUAUUGUUCAAGCAUUUUGGAAACAGGUGAUGGAGCAAAUUGAAAGGGUGUCAAAUUUUGUGUUUACCCCAGAAUUUUUGUUGUUAGAUCUUUGGCCCUCUUCUGCUGUCUCUAAGGAGCAGAAGAAUCUGAUCUCCUUAUUGGUUGCUACUGCCAGACUCACUAUAGCUGCUAGAGGGAAAUUACCUUCCCUCCCCUCCAUCUUGCUGUGGCAGGAGAAACUUUGGUACAACAAUAUUCUGGGUAGAAUUACAAAUAACUCUUUUUUUGAGACUGAGAUAAAUUUCUCCCCUCAAGGGUACAAAGAUGCAUGGGCUCCUGUGGUACACUUUUUAAAUGACCAAGAAGUUAUAUCUUCAAGUUGGGAACGACUUCAGAUAAUAUAAGGGGGGAUUUGGUUAUUAGGAUGUUAGGAUGUUACUUAUUAGAAUGUUACAUAAAAAAAUUUAAAACUUUUAUCGCAUGUAUCUAUUUUUGUAUUUGUUAUAUUGUAUGUGAUAACAAAUUUUAAUAAAUUAAUUUUUUAAGAAAAAAAGUUGAUCUAUGUCACUGAGGAUGUACAGUGUGAUUAGCUGUCAUGAUUUUCCUCAUUUCGCAAUCUAGUGCAUCCAUUUUGGUUGUAUCCAAUCUACAAUUCCAGUGCAGUAUCGAAUCACUGGAAUAAACUAGGUGUUUAUACUAUGAUUUAUAUUUCCACUGUUUAAUUUAACUUGAGUAUUUUUGGACUCUUUUUAAUGCAUUCAGCACAAGUUUUUUUCAUUAUUGUAUGCUGAAUAUCAUUAGCUUGCAAUAUACCCAAAUACUUUUUUUCUUCAUAGUGUAAGGUUUUGAUUCCAUUUCCAUUCACAAGUUGUAUUCCAUCUGAUUCAGCAAAUCUUCCUUUGUUUCAUUGAUAGCAUUGUACAUAUUUCAAUUCCAAAGUAUUUACACUGUAGGCAUCAAAGACUUGAUUUCCACUUCAGAUUUUUCGUAUAAUUUAAGGUUGUCCAUAUAUAGCAAAUGAAAUAUUUUUUCUGCUCCCUUUGUAAUCUCAUAUCUACAAUGUGUUUUAUUCAGUAUCAUCAGUAGUGGUAUCAAAGUAUUGACAAACUGUAAAUGUAUCAGAGAAUCACCUAAAAAUAUUCCAUGCCUGAUACUGACACAUCCUAUUUCCACUCCAUUAAAUUUCAGUGUUGUGCACCAAUUUGUCAUUAUUGCUGACAAGAACUUUCUAAUAUUGCUGCUAGCUCUGAACAUUUCUAAUGGUUUUUCAAUCCAUGAAUGCAGCAGGAAGUUGGAUGCCUUUUUGUAAUCAGUCCAGGCUAUUAGUAACUGAUCUUUUGUACAGAAGAUUUUUGGCAGUUUUCUUUCUGUUCGUUUGGUAAAAGGGCGUUAUCAAUUAGAUGCUCUUGAACUUCAUUAGCAAUUAUUCCAGUUAACAGUUUACACAUUGUUGGCAGGCAAGUUAUUGGUUGAUAAUUAUUAGGGAUUGCCCCUUUGACUUAAUCUUUCAUAAUUAACACUGUUGUACCAGUUAUCAUCCAGUCAUCAGAUAUAGCUGAUUGCCUUAAGUCUUUCUGAACUUGAACAAUCAAUGCUGCUUGUGAGUAUUGCUUUUUUUAAUUUUGCCUCACCAAAAUGCAAUGGUUUCUUCUUUCCAGGAAGUGUGUUGUUGCUACUCCAUUCACCAGUCAGAAUUUUGUAGAAUUGUCUUUGAUUACACCUAAACUAAGUGUUUUGCCUUUACUGGCUUAUAUACGCCUUGUAUCUAAAAAUCUUUUCCUCCAAGAACAGCAGGAUUUGAGCCCAGUGACACCUUAGAGAUAAACAAGAUUUUCAGGGUGUAAGCUUUCAAGAGUCAGAGCUCUCUUCUUCAGACAUCUGAAAAUCUUGUUUGUCUCUAAGGUGCCACUGGACUCAAAUCCUGCUGUUCUACUGCAGACCAACACAGCUACCAACCUAAAACUUUCCUCCAAGGGCACUCAAGGCAGCUUACAAUGUAAAAUAAAAAAUGGCAGUUCAAAACAUGGUUAAAAUACGUUAAAAAGCUGCCCUAAAUAAAACAGUGUUCAGCUGCCUUUUGAAGCUAGAGAGUGAGGGGGCUAGGUACACCUCCAUAUGGAGAUUGUUCCACAGUUGUUGGACUAACACAGUGGACUGUGGACUAAUAGUGUCCAGAUGACCUCUCCCUGUGAUCUUAACUCCUAUAUGAGAAUGCAUGGGAGAAGACCAGAUACCCUUGUCCCAAGGUCUUUAAAGGAUAGAAUCAGCACCUUGAAUUGGGCUUUGGAACAGAUUGGUAGCCAGUGUAGUUGCUGUAAUAUUGGGGGGGGGGGGGUCACAUGUUAUCAGUCUCGACCAGUGGUCUAGCAGUGGCAUUCUGCUCUAGUUGCAGCUCCUGAACCAUCUUCAAGUGUAGUCCUAGUAGAGCACAUUGCAAUAGUCCAGUCAAGAUGUAACUAAGGCAUGGAUCAUUGUGGCUAGAUCUGACUGAAGCAAAAAUUGACACAGCUGACAUAUUAGCUGAAGCUGGACAAAUGCACUCUGAGCCAUCUCAGCCACCUGGCUUUCUAAGACGACUGCUGCAUCAAUCAGUAUUCCUAAGCUGUGAACCUGUCUUUUCAAGGGUGGUGUAACCCCAUCCAAGAUAGAGUCAGCCUUGCUACUAAGCCAGAGAACCUCUAUCUUGUCAGGACUAAGUUUCAUCUUGUUCACCCUCAUAUGGCUUGUUACUGACUCCAAGCACCCAUUCAGAACAUCAACAGUAUUCUUGAAAUUAGAUGGAAAAGAAAGGUAGAAGUAGGUAUCGUCUGCAUACUGCUGACAUCACAGCCCAAACCUCCUGAUGACUUCUCCUAGUGGCUUCAUGUAAAAUAUUAAAUAACAUGGGGAUAAAAUUGAGCCCUGUGGGACUCCAUAGUUCAGUGGCCAUGGGGUAGAGCAGGAGUCCCCCAGUACCACCACCUGAGACUAAUCACCCAGAUAGGACCCAAACCACUGUAAGAUGGUGCCUGUUAAUCCCAGGAUCAAGAAGUGACUCAGAAGGAUACCAUGGUUGAUGGUAUCGAAGGCUGCUAAGAGAUCUAGCAGGGUCAUGCUCCCUCUAUCUAGUUCUCGGUAGAAGUCAUCAACCAAGGCAGUUUCUGUUCCAAAUCCUGGCCUGAAGCCAGAUUGUAAAGAAAUAAAAUAUUUCUAUGAUAUAUGGAAACAAAACUGGUACAUAUAAUCAUAAGAUACUUCCUUAUACCAGAUCAUACCAUCGAUUUGCCUAAUACAAUCUACUUUGACUGAAGUAGCUGUCCAAGGUCUCAGGCAGAAGUAGGUCUCUCCCCAAUAAGAUUGCUCUUUAGAAACAGCUUGGUAUUAGGCAGGACAUGCAUGUCUAUUUAUUGCCUGCUCUUUUUUCAGUCUUCCUAGCAUUCCAGUCUACAGGUGUGGCCCAAUUUUAAUGUGAUGCUGGUGGGCUCAAAGAAGUUACCAUGUAACGCUUGAAUGCACACAACAUCUUGUUUCAGUUAGCCUAAAUUGAACAACUGUAUAUGCAAAGUACCUACAUUUCCAAUGUUAACAUGUCAGCACAACACCUGCCCAAGUUACAGCCUUCUUACAUGCUAACAUUGCAGGUGUAAUGGCUGGGAUUCAGUUUAAAUGAGAUGCUGGGUGUGUGAAAUGUAGCAUGGGCUAGUUCUCUCCUGCCAAUUUUGUUUACCAUCAGGUAAUUGCUGUGACAAAGAUGACUUGAAUUUCAAAGGGCAGUAUUGGGUAUGUCCUGUAGGUUCCACAGGGUUCAAUCCUUUCACUUGUGUUGUUUCAUUUAUGCAUGAGACCUUUGAGAUCAUCCUAAGCUUGGGAGCUUGUGUCAUUAGUGUACUUUUGAUACUUGUUUCUAUGUUUCUUUGACUAAGCCAGUAGCAGUGGCAGUUUCUGUGCUGGGCCAGUGCCUGGCAGCUGUGGUCCAUGUGGAGGUUAUGCUGGUUGGUAAAGCAGAGAAUCUGGAAGAGAUUUCCCAUUGGCAUUGGAAUGAAGUUUGGCCUCCUUGGGUAUUGUUGGAUCCAACACUUCUUUUAGAAGAUCAGAUUCUUAAAGAGGCUUCACUUUUCAUCCAGAACAAAAGAAGGAAAUGACAUACAGAAAAGUAAACAUUUUCAUCCUGGUCCUUGCUGUUGUUAUAUUUUUGUUAGUGCUGCAUCACAAUAUACUAGGUCUCAGUGACCUCUUGAAAAGGGAAUUGUCAGAUUCAAGUCCAUUAGGACUCCAGCCAAUAGAUUUUAUUCCUGAGGUUCCUCAAAGGUUGACAGAUGACCAAAAUGACAAAGAAAUUCCUGUGGUCAUUACAGCCUCUGAUGAUAGGCUUGGGGGUGUAAUUGCAACUGUGAACAGCAUUCACCAAAACACCAAGUCCAAUGUGGCGUUCCAUAUUGUCACUCUGAAUGAUACAGUGGACCACUUGAGAUUAUGGCUUAGUAAAACGAGUCUGGAAAAUGUGAAAUACCGAAUUUUGGAUUUUGACCCCCACUUGUUGGAUGGAAAAGUGAGGACUGACUCAGAAAUACCAGACUCCAUAAAACCUCUAACCUUUGCAAGAUUCUAUAUGCCUAAUUGGGUCCCUAAUGCAGAAAAGGCUAUUUAUUUGGAUGAUGAUGUGAUUGUGCAAGAUGAUAUCCUUGAACUUUACAACACUAAACUGCAACAUGGUCAUGCAGCUGCAUUCUCAGAUGAGUGUGACUCUACCACAAACAAGUUUGCAGUCCGUGGAGCAGGAAACCAGUAUAAUUACAUUGGAUUUCUUGAUUAUAAAAAAGAAGCCAUUCGGAAGCUGGCCAUGAAAGCAAGCACAUGCUCUUUCAAUCCAGGUGUCUUUGUUGCUAAUCUAACAGAAUGGAAGUUACAGAAUGUCACCAAGCAACUGGAAAAAUGGAUGGCACUUAAUGUGGCAGAAGAGAUAUACAGUAGGACUCCUGCAGGCAGCAUCACUACACCCCCUCUGCUCAUUGUAUUUUACAAGAGGCAUUCAAACAUUGAUCCUAUGUGGAAUGUGCGCCAUCUGGGUUCUAGUGCUGGUAAAAGAUACUCGCCCCAAUUUGUCAAAGCUGCCAAACUACUCCACUGGAAUGGACAUUUCAAACCCUGGGGAAGGACAACAUCCUAUGCAGAAGUUUGGGAAAAAUGGUACAUUCCUGACCCUACCAACAAAUUCAACUUGAUCCGGAGGCACACAGAUAUCUAUGAAACAAAAUAAAUGGAUUUGAUACACUUGGAUUCUCAGGAAAUUUACCAGCCCACUAAGUGAGAUCAGCAAUACUACAGUCACCAUUUUGUAUUCAUAUGGAGAAACCCUAAAAUACUUGAAACUACAUGAUUAGGGGAGCUGGCUUUCUGUAAAUAAUGGAUGCUGUUCUAGUGAAGCAGAUGGCACCUCCAAGAACUACCAUUUUGGAACUAGAUGAAUUGUUCAUGAAUAACUCUUCAGGGAUAAAAUGCACGUGACCACACAAACUGCUCCCGCUAAUGACCCACUACUACUACCCCUGGUUGAUGGCUACACAUCUUGUACUGCAGCUUAAUGUAUUUCAGCUGCUACCACUUUUUUAAAACUUAACCUGUGAAUAUAAGCUUUGUUCUGGACACCUUGUGUUGCUUGAAGAUUCCUUCAAAUCUCCCCAGCUAUGUUACAUUUAAAUGUAAUGGUGAAUUCUGUUUGGAUUUACCAGAAUUAGGUAUUUUGUAAUUAAUUUUUAAAAAUUGGUUGCUUUUUACCCAUCAACCUUAAAAGAAUGCUUUGUAGAACUGUGUAAACAACUGCUCAAAAACUCACUAUGAAUUUUAUGUGGAAAAAUAUAUUUGCAUUUGGUCAUUUGU